AUGCCCAAGAGAAAGGUAUGUAGCGAGCCUAGAUUACAGUAUGCGGAUAUACUUUUUGCCGGUAUAAAUCAGUCUGAUAUUAUGAAGCCUUCGAGACAACGGAGAUUUAAUACAAAUCUGCCAUAUGCAUUUAUGUUCACUCUGGUAAAAAAAAAAAAAAAAAACUAUUUUAAAUAAUAAUUUGAUUUUUUUGGUUUGCAAAUAUCGCCGUAUUUUCCAGAAUUUAGAAUGUUUUGAGAGAUUUCUUGAGAGGCGCACACAAUCUUGUGUCUGGUCUGAAGCCAGACUGGAUGUCCAUGCUAUUGAAACCAUAGGCAGCCAUGCUUUGCGGUUCCUAUCCUAUCCUGCGCGAACACAGCGAAACAAAAAUGCCUUUUGAUAGUUAGAUCGUGUAAAUCUGCAUUGAGGGGGUAUAGAAAAAUUAAUUAAAAACUCUUCAUUUUUCCCUCUAUUUAAUUUCAUUCUAAGACCGUCGCAAAUUUGAAUUAUUUUAAUGAUUUCUUUGUUCAUCGCGUUAAAUAGGUGCUAUUGCCCCUUUUUAUCACCGGGUGGCAGAACACAGUUGAUUCUGCUCCUCCCCCUCAGACAUUUGGCGAAAACCGAUGAGGACUAACGUCCCACUGAAAAAGUAAUACUGCAACUGCUUCUUCUACUCAACGCAUAUAUUUUUAAGCGCUUGUCUAGAAUUAGUACAGGCUGUAUGUAUGGGCAAAGUGUAGGCUAUUGCAAGGGGCUAAGUAAGUUUGUAAACUUGCAGUUACUCAUUUUAGACGACAGCUAAAUAUUCAGCAAUAUUAUGUUUUAGAUAUGCAUGCUUUUGUUUCCUAUCAUCUUGAGUAAUGUAUUUUUCAUCAAUUUGGCAGGGAACCGAUGGUGAUGUCAAGGAGGUAAGUGAUAUACACACACACACUUGAAUAUCACCCUUGUUGAAUAGGCUACAGGUUGCAAUCUUCACCAUGAUUAAAAUCCUCAAUAGCGAUCAAAUAAUUUGAUAAAAUCACCAGUGGUCGUAAAAACCAGAAAAUACUCCAAUAGUUCAAGGAUAAUGCAUUCUUGAAAUAGGGAAAUAUUCAAUUGUCUGCAUUAUGAAGAUACAUCAAGCAUCCUCAUUCUAUUCCUUUAGAAAUGUCGUCACACCUUUGAGUAGUAUUGUUAUUUUUCGUUACAUUAGCCUUCAAGGAGAUCUGCACGGUUGUCAUCGGUGAGUAAAUUAGUUUUGUUUUUACAGCUUCCUUUUGGAAAUGUGAUUGUUUGAUAUAGGGCAUCAGCACUACAACAAAAAAUUGAUUUUCUUGCGAAAACUUUUUUAAUCUAUAACAUGUUUUUUGGCCUGUUUCAUGGUAUGCAAUGCAUUGCUUUGAGAAUCUAUUGUAUCAAUAUUGUCUUAUGUAUUUUUCAGAAACCAGUCCCUCCAAAACCCAAAAAGCCAGCUAAGGUAAUAUUUACCUGUCUUCAAUAUCUACUCAUUUACAUGAUUAAGCAUAAUUAUGCCUAUUAUUAGUUUGUCAUGUUCUCUUUCCGGCACAUUCCAAUAUUAAAUGUUUAGACAAUUUGACCAUUCGGAGGUGCCAGGCAGAGACAAUUUGACAUAUAUGUAAAUUGUCCCCACAGAAAGAAAAAGUAGUAAAUGGCAAGAAGAAGGCGAAGGCAGCAGCGGUCAAGGAGCCUAAAGAGACCCAGACUGAAAAUGGCCAGACCAAGACAGACAAAGUAUGUCAUGUCAUAUCAGUGAUACACUGUCUCUUUUGUAUUAACAAUUAUUUUUACUUUAAAUAUCUCAAAGGGGGUGACACUCUAGAUCCAAACUGUUAAAGACCUAUAUCCAUCCUGCCCUGCCUUUCGAAAGUAUUUGAAAGUCAAGUUAACAAACAGAUCACCGACCAUUUCGAAUCCCCACCGUACCUUCUCCGCUAUGCAAUCCGGUUUCCGAGCUGGUCAUGGGUGCACCUCAGCCACGCUCAAGGUCCUAAACGAUAUUAUAAACGUGAUCGAUAAAAGACAGUACUGCGCAGCCGUCUUCAUCGACCUGGCCAAGGCUUUCGACUCUGUCAACCACCGCAUUCUUAUUGGCAGACUAAAUAGCCUUGGUUUCUCUAAUGACUGCCUCGCCUGGUUCACCAACUACUUCUCAGAUAGAGUUCAAUAUGUCAAAUCGGAGGGCCUGUUGUCUGGACCUCUGGCCGUCUCUAUGGGGGUGCCACAGGGUUCAAUUCUCGAGCCGACUCUAUUCUCUGUGUAUAUCAAUGAUGUCGCUCUUGCUGCUGGUGACGCUCGGAUCCACCUCUAUGCGGACGACACCAUUUUGUAUACAUCUGGCCCUUCAUUGGACACUGUGUUAACAAACCUCCAAACGAGCUUCAACGCCAUACAACACUCCUUCCGUAGCCUCCAACUGCUCUUAAACACUAGUAAAACUAAAUGCAUGCCCUUCAACCGAACGCUGCUUGCACCCGCCCACCCGACUAGAAUCACUACUCUCGGCGGGUCUGACCUAGAGUAUGUGGACAACUACAAAUACCUAGGUGUCUGGUUAGACUGUAAACUCUCCUUCCAGACUCACAUUAAGCAUCUCCAAUCAAAAGUUAGAUCUAGAAUCGGCUUCCUAUUUCGCAACAAAGCCUCCUUCACUCAUGCUGCCAAACAUGCCCUCGUAAAACUGACUAUCCUACCGAUCCUUGACUUCGGCGAUGUCAUUUACAAAAUAGCCUCCAACACUCUCCAGGUCAUCUAUAAAUCACUGCUAGGCAAAUCCCCUUCUUAUCUUAGCUCACUGGUCACCAUAGCAACACCCACCCGUAGUCUGCGCUCCAGCAGGUAUAUCUCACUGGUCAUCCCCAAAGCAAACACCUCCUUUGGCCGCCAUUCCUUCCAGUUCUCUGCUGCCAAUGACUGGAACGAACUGCAAAAAUCUCUGAAGCUGGAGACCUCACUAACUUUAAGCGUCAGUUGUCAGAGCAGCUUACCGAUCACUGCACCUGUACACAGCCUUUCUGUAAUUAGCCCACCCAACUACCUCAUCCCCAUAUUAUUUAUUUUGCUAAUUUGCACCCCAGUAUCUCUAUUUGCACAUCAUCUUUUGCACAUCUAUCAUUCCAGUGUUAAUACGAAAUUGUAACUAUUUUGCACUAUGGCCUAUUUAUUGCCUUACCUCCAUAACUUACUACAUUCGCACACACUGUAUAUAUAUUUUCUGUUAUUUUUGACUUUGUUUUGUUUACCCCAUAUGUAACUCUGUGUUGUUGUUUUUAUCGCACUGCUUUGCUUUAUCUUGGCCAGGUCGCAGUUGUAAAUGAGAACUUGUUCUCAACUGGCUUACCUGGUUAAAUAAAUAAAAUAAAAUAAAAAUUCUGGAGGCAAAUCCAUCUAAAAGCAUGAAUCAUUUCAGGGUUCUCGGUGUCUCACAGUCAAUGGCUCUUUUGUCAUCUUACAGGUAGAGACCCCAGAAGAGAAGACUGAGUAGCACUGCUCCCAUCCGUCCAAUCCCCUCCCUUGUAUGGCCCCCAUGUCUCAUGUGUUUUCCCUAAAACCUCCAUUACCUUAUCAGAGGAAUAUUUUUAUCAACAAUUUUGUAAUUAUUGGUACAGGUUUUUAGCACAAAACAAAGCUAAAUAUGGAGGAUUGUUCUGUUGUGCAGUGGUCAUAAAGUUUUUUUAAGCAAACAAUUACGGUUUUGGUUUUUUAUUAGUGUUGGUACCUUGUUGGGACUUCAAAAAAUAAUGCUGGAUGGCAGACUAAUUGCAAGUGGUAUAGUGUCAUAUUGUAGGUUCGUCAACUCAGAACAUUUCACUUUUGUAGGUGGUUGUAUUUUUACCCUUUUAUGUACAGUGUUUUUUCUUUGUUGGGGUUUACUUACUUUCAACUUGAUUUUACUGUAAGAGAAAUUAUGUAAUUUUUUAAAAACAUUCCAGGCUUAAAGGGCAAUUUUUCAACUUCAUAAUCUCCAGCACCACCCCAACAUCAACAUAUGUGAAAAUUGCGCGUUUCUAUGUUUUGUUGUAAAAAAAGAGUGGAAUAUUUUCCUAAGUGUUUCCAAUGACACCAUCGGUGUGCAUGGUGUGAUUUUAAGAAAUGAGUCGCCAUUGGCUACUAAUUGGACACUUAUCUUCCUCUGUCAUUUUUACUACAAAACAUAGAAACGCCCCAUUUUCACAUAUGUUGAUGUUGGGCUGGUGCUGGAGAUUAAGUAGAACAUUUUUGAAAUUUCCCUAAUGAUGUGGGCAUACAUGCUUUUGAAUAAUUUUGAUGACACAAAUUAUUUUAACGGAGGAAGAGGCUUGUUGGAAGUUGCUUAUGCUUUUUAAAAAACAUUUUGGGAUUUUAACACUGAAAAUUCAUCUAUCGAAAUAUGCAGCUGUGUUCCCACUGAAGUUCUGGAUGUUUAAUUGGAAUUUAAUAAAAUAGUAAUUAGAAUUUUCCUCAUGACGUUGCGCUCGGUCUCAUUACUUUACGUGUCAUUAUUACUGUAUCAUUACCAUAUGUCAACUCACAAUAGUAGGCUACAUAGACCAUCUAGCCAACCAGUUGUUCUGUAUUCAGUUUAGAUUUAUUGUGUUAUGUAUUAUUAUUGUAAUACUGACGUAUGGGAAACAUUUUUAUAACAGAUUCUGGUCAAAGGUAGCAUUUUACAACCUACUGGAUUUGGCUGACCGAAAUAAAAAAUUAGACUGAAAGGACCCUACUUGCAUGCACAAAUAACCACAAAGACAUGAUUAUCUGUCUUGCAAAAGCAUUAUAUUUUUCAGUUAUAUACAUUAUGAUUGUUUGACAUGCAAAUUGGUAAUCAUGCUCUAACUAUGGCUAAGUAGUGGUUGACAGUUCCCAUUGCAGAUUAGAACCAUUACAACGCCGGCAUCAAAUAGCAACUCCAUGAUAUUGAAUUUGGGUGGGGCAACUGACCAAAGGACUAACUAACAAACUGCUGCACCACUAGUUUUUGUGGGGGUUUUCAUUCUGAAUAGGAUAUUCGAGGGAUCCAUCUUUGUGGAAAUGUUUCUUACUAGGUUGAUGACUUUCUAAAAUUGUUCUCAUGAAAGAAAUGAAUAUUCUCUUGUACUGUAAAUGUGUGUGGUUGUAAUUCUUCAAAAGUCCUUAUUUAAGUAGACAUUUUUUUAAAUGUCCCUAAUGAUGUGGGCAUACAUGCUUUUGAAUUAUAAUACAUUUACAAAUUUAUAAAAAACAAAAAACAGAUACCUUAUUUAUAUAAGUAUUCAGACCCUUUUGCUAUUAGACUCAAAAUUUAGCUCCGGUGCAUCCUGUUUCCAUUGAUCAACCUUGAGAUGUUUCUACAACUUGAUUGGAGUCCACCUGUGGUAAAUUCAAUUGAGUGGACAUGAUUUCGAAAGGCACACACCUGUCUAUAUAAGGUCCCACAGUUGACAGUGCAUGUCAGAGCAAAAACCAACCCAUGAGGUCGAAGGAAUUGUCCGUAGAGCUCAGAGACAGGAUUGUGUCGAGGCACAGAUCUGGGGAAGGGUACAAACACAUUUCUGAAGCAUUGAAGGUCCCCAAGAACACAGUGGCCUCCAUCGCCCGGCCACACUGAGCAAUCGGGGAGAAGGGCCUUGGUCAAUAACCUGAUGGUCACUCUGACAGCGCUCCAGAGUUCCUCUGUGGAGAUGCGAGAACCUUCCAGAAGGACAACCAUCUCUGCAGCACUCCGCCAAUCAGACCUUUAUGGUAGAGUGGCUAGACGGAAGCCACUCCUCAGUAAAAGGCACAUGACAGCCCGCUUGGAGUUUGCCAAAAGGCACCUAAAGGACUCUCAGACCAUGAGAAACAAGAUUCUCUGGUCUGAUGAAACCAUGAUUGAACUCUUUGGCCUGAAAGCCAAGCGUCACGUCUGGAGGAAACCUGGCACCAUCCCUACGGUGAAGCAUGGUGGUGGCAGCAUCAUGCUGUGGGGAUGUUUUUCAGCAGCAGGGACUGGGAGACUAGUCAGGUUUGAGGGAAAGAUGGACGGAGCAAAGUACAGAGAGAUCCUUGACGAAAACCUGCUCAGGACCUCAGACUGGGGCUAAGGUUCACCUUCCAACAGGACAACGACCCUAAGCACACAGCCAAGACAACGCAGGAGUGGCUUCGGGACAAGUCUCUCCAGCCAGAGCCCGGAGUUGAACCCCAUCGAACAUCUCUGGAGAGACCUGAAAAUAGCUGUGCAGCGAUGCUCCCCAUCCAACCUGAAGCUUCAGAGGAUCUGCAGAGAAGAAUGGGAGAAUACAAGUGUGUCAAGCUUGUAGCGUCAUACCCAAGACUCGAGGCUGUAAUCGCUGCCGAAGGUGCUUCAACAAAGUACUGAGUAAAGGGUCUGAAUACUUAUGUAAAUGUGAUAUUUCAGUUCUUUAUUUUUAAUACAUUUGCAAAAGUCUAAACCCCUGUUUUUGCUUUGUCAUUAUGAGGUAUUGUGUGUAGAUUGAUGAUUCUCUCAAAUGAUGUGCACACAUUUGUUUAUAUCCCUGUUAGUGAACAUUUCUCCUUUGCCAAGAUAAUCCAUCCACCUGACAGGUGUGGCAUAUCAAGAAGCUGAUUAAACAGCAUGAUCAUUACACAGGUGCACCUUGUGCUGGGGACAAUAAAAGGCCACUAAAAUGUGCAAUUUGUCACAACACAAUGCCACAGAUGUGUCAAGUUGAGGGAGCGUGCAAUUGGCAUGCUGAGUGCAGGAAUCUCCACCAGAGCUGUUGCCAGAUAAUUUAUUGUUAAUUUCUCUACCAUAAGCCGCCUCCAACAUCAUUUUAGAGAAUUUGGCAGUACGUACAACCGUCCUCAACGGCAGACCACAUGUAACCACUCCAGCCCAGGACCUCCACUUCCGGCUUCUUCACCUGCGGGAUCAUCUGAGACCAGCCAUCCGGACCGCUGAUGAAACUGUGGGUUUGCACAACCAAAGAAUUUCUGCACAAACUGUCAGAAACCAUCUCAGGGAAGAUUAUCUGCGUGCUUGUCAUCCUCACCAGCGUCUUGACCUGACUGCAGUUCGGCGUCGAAACCGACUUCAGUGGGCAAAUGCUCACCUUCAAUGGCCACUGUGCAUGCUGGAGAAGUGUGCUCUUCACGGAUGAAUCCCGGUUUCCACUGACAUCAACAUUGUGAACAGAGUGGCCCAUGAUGGUGGUGGGGUUAUGGUAUGGGCAGGCAUAAGCUACGGACAACGAACACAAUUGCAUUUUAUCAAUGGCAAUUAGAAUGCACAGACGUACCGUGACGAGAUCGUGAGGCCCAUUGUCGUGCUAUUCACCUGCCGCCAUCACCUUGUGUUUCAGCAUGAUAUUGCACAGCCCCAUGUCGCAUGGCCUGAAUACUCACCAGACAUGUCACCCAUUGAGCAGGUUUGGGAUGCUCUGGAUCGACGUGUAAGACAGCGUGUUCCAGUACCCACUAUAUACAGUUGAAGUCGGAAGUUUACAUACACCUUAGCAAAAUACAUUUAAACUCCGUUUUCACAAUUCCUGACAUUUAAUCCUAGUAAAAAUUCCCUGUCUUAGGUCAGUUAGGAUCACCACUUUAUUUUAAUGUGAAAUGUCAGAAUAAUAGUAGAGAGAAUUAUUUAUUUCAUAUUUUAUUUCUUUCAUCACAUUCCCAGUGGGUCAGAAGUUUACGUACACUCAAUUAGUAUUUGGUAGCAUUGCCUUUAAAUUGUUUAACUUGGGUCAAACGUUUCGGGUAGCCUUCCACAAGCUUCCCACAAUAAGUUGGGUGGAUUUUGGCCCAUUCCUCCUGACAGAGCUGGUGUAACUGAGUCAGGUUUGUAGGCCUCCUUGCUCGCACAUGCUUUUUCAGUUCUGCCCACACAUUUUCUAUAGGAUUAAGGUCAGGGAUUUGUGAUGGCCACUCCAAUACCUUGACUUUGUUGUCCUUAAGCCAUUUUGCCACAACUUUGGAAGUAUGCUUGGGGUCAUUGUCCAUUUGGAAGACUCAUUUGCGACCAAGCUUUAACUUCCUGACUGAUGUCUUGAGAUGUUGCUUCAAUAUAUCCACAUAAUUUUCCUUCCUCACGUGGUACCUUCAGGCGUUUGGAAAUUGCUCCCAAGGAUGAACCAAACUUGAGGAGGUCUACAAAAAAAAAAAUCUGAGGUCUUGGCUGAUUUCUUUUGAUUUUCCCAUGAUGUCAAGCAAAGAGACACUGAGUUUGAAGGUAGGCCUUGAAAUACAUCCACAGGUACACCUCCAAUUGACUCAAAUGAUGUCCAUUAGCCUUUCAGAAGCUUCUAAAGCCAUUACAUCAUUUUCUGGAAUUUUCCAAGCUGUUUAAAGGCACAGUCAACUUAGUGUAUGUAAACUUCUGACCCACUGGAAUUGUGAUAAGUGAAAUUAUCUAUCUGUAAACAAUUGUUGGAAAAAUUACUUGUGUCAUGCACAAAGUAGAUGUCCUAACCGAUUUGCCAAAACUAUAGUUUGUUAACAAGAAAUUUGUGGAGUGGUUGAAAAACGAGUUUUAAUGACUCCAACCUAAGUGUAUGUAAACUUCUGACUUCAACUGUAUCCAGCAACUUCGCACAUCCACUGAAGAGUGGGACAACAUUCCAUAGGUCACAAUCAACAGCCUGAUCAACUCUAUGCGAAGGAGAUGUGUCAUGCCGCAUGAGGCAAAUGGUGGUCACACCAGGUACUGACUGGUUUUCUGAUCCACGCCCCUACCUGUUUUUCAAUAGAUGCAUAUCUGUAUUCCCAGUCUGGUGAAAUCCAUAGAUUAGAGAUUCAUUUAUUUAUUUCAAUUGACUGAUUUCCUUUUAUAAACUAUAUGUAACUCAGUAAAAUCUUAGAAAUUGUUGCUUACCACAAGUGAUGCGUGUUAAUGUUCAGAAUGAGCGUCGGGGCUCUUAACAAAACUCCCCCAUACAGAAGAGGCCUUCAUCCAAUGACUCUUAAUCUUAUAUGUAAUGUAAUGGAACAGAGUAAUCAUGAUCAAGGGAUAAAUACUGUACGACCUGCCCUCCAAAACCAGGUGGUAUGGCCACCAAGUGGUUCGUGCUGGAAUAGCAGAUUUGCUGUCAUUGGUCGCGGGAGGGCGCUAACAAAGCGGUGAGAUAGAUAGCUAGCUAGCUAGCUUGCUUGAGAAAGGAAAAGGCCGAACGCUGCCUGCUGUAGAAAUAAUUCAAGUGGCUAUUCUCCUAAUACACCUAAACAUUAAUUAAUCAAAUGUCGGUGUUCUUAUCAAGUGAUGGCAGAAGAACAGUGUUCAGAAAUCGAAGCUGGUGGGUGUUGAGUGUCAAUAUGAACGCAAACACAGUUUAAGGCUUGUAUCAGUUAGCCUAGCUAACUAGUUAGCUGAUGUUAGCUGCCUAGUUAUCUACCUGGAUAGCUUAGCUAUUGAAUGGCUAUUUAAUGCGCCUCUGUAUUUUCAGAAUUGUAUUACCUCAUUGCCAGAUUUCUCCAGUCGGGACCGUGUAAAAAAUCGGCACAGGUACGAAUGACAAGUUAUAUCAAGAACUUUGAUAGCUACAAUUGCUAAAUAGGUUGAAUGUGUGCUAAAGACUAGCAACUGUCUCUCCAUAGAUCCUGGUUGAGGAACUGGAAGAGUAUGAGGUAAGCUGCGCUGCUCUCGUCUAUAUUAGCUUGUUCUCACGUCUCGUUUCCGCGAUAUUGACUGCUUUCUAUUUUUAUUGGCAUGGUAUACUUUGUUAUUGAUAGAGGCAUUAACAGUAUAACAAAUACAUUAUUGUAUUUGUGGUUUGAUGCAAUUAUCUAACCGCGUGUCUCCCUUCUAGUUGAUCCCGAAACGAUGGAGUUGGGACGGCAAACAAUACAGACGAAACUUCCAAGACUGGGUGAGUGUUAUAAUAAAUUCUUAACCGGCUAUCCAAUCAAUCCAAUAACUGUUUUCGAGAACAUAGGUAGGUUUUUAUAUACAUAUUUUCCGGCUUUCAAAUCUUUUGAUUUAGUUGAUGGAUGAUGGUGUGAAAAUAACUCUCUAACCGUGUGUUGUAGUAAUAGCCGGCAUUUGAUUACUUAAAUUUGAUAUAUUUGGUCACAAAUUAUAGCCGUUUUGUGUGCGCAAAGAGGAGGGGUUAAACGAGGGCAAACAGAACGAGGCUGGACAAAGGCUUGGGAAACGUCAAUCUUCACAUACAGCCAAUCAAAUCGCAGUUACUAUUUGAGCCAGCCGGGGAGAAGAGAAGGAGGGUGAUUCUGAUUGGCCUUGGCUGUCGAGAUAACUCACUUUGUCUGACUGUGUGUACUAGCUAAAUUCAUACAGGCAACAACCUGUUUAACAGUGUAUGACCUUUUAGAGGGCAUAUUUAAUCUCAUGUUUCACCCCAGGAUUUUUUGCAUUCUUUGGGGAGAACCCUGAAUCUAAUCUGAGAACUACUGCACUUUUGAAGUCCAGAUCAAAUCAAAUUGUAUUUGUCACACGCGCCAAAUACAACCGGUGUAGACCUUACCGUGAAAUGCUUACUUACAAGCCCUUAACCAACAAUGCAGUUCAAUAAAUAUUUACUAAAUAAACUAAAGUACAUUUUUAAAAAUAAAAAGUAACACAAUAAAAUAACAAUAACGAGGCUAUAGACAGGGGGUACCAGUACCGAGUCAAUGUGCCUUGGUACAGGUUAGUCGAGGUAAUUUGUACAUGUAGGUAGGGGUAAAGUCACUAUGCAUAGAUACUAAACAGCAAGUAGCAGCAGUGUAAAAACAAAGGGAGGGGUGUCAAUGUAAGUAGUCCGGGUGGCCAUUUUGAUUAAUUGUUCAGCAAAUCUAUCUCUCUUCAAAAUCAGAUGUGCAACUUUUCUGUUUACACUAUCCUUAUGUUAGCCUUGGAUGUGGUGUGACCAAAGCCACAUUCCUGGGGUGCGUUCAGAACGAGGUUCAGCGUUUUAAUUAAAUGGAAACGGUACUGUACUGAACGACCAGUUGAAGAACAGCGUAGUUAUGGUGGCCCAGAGGGAGAUUGAUUGUAUGGUGUUUUGCGAUUUCAAAUGGUCACACCCAUAUUGAUCAGGCCACACCUUGCCACACCCACCAAACGGAAGCAAAUGUACCUCAAAGGCUGUUGAAGAAUGGUGCGCACCGUCUUGGGGAAACAUGUUGUUCAAUACAAACUGACACGCAACGUAGCGAAUGUUGAAUUGAACUAUACUGAACAAAAAUAUAAACGCAACAAUUUCAACGAUUUUACUGAGUUACAGUUCAUAGAAGGAAAUCAGUCAAUUGAAAUAAAUAAAUUAGGCCCUAAUCUAUGGAUUUCACGACUGGGCAUGGGUGCAGCCAUGGGUGGGGCUGAGAGGGCAUAGGCCUACCCACUUGGGAGCCUGGCCCACCCAUUGGGGAGCCAGGGCCCAGCCAAUCAGAAUGAGUUUUUCCCCACAACAGGGCUUUAUUACAGACAUAAAUACUCCUUAGUCUCAUCAGCUGUCUGGGUGGCUGGUCUCAGACGAUCCCGCAAUAGCUCUGGUGGACAUUUGUGCAGUCAGCAUGCCAAUUGCACACUCCCUCAAAGCUUGAGACAUCUGUGGUGUUGUGUGACAAAACUGCACAUUUUAGAGUGGCCUUUUAUUGUCCUGAGCACAAGGUGCACUUGUGUAAUGAUCAUGCUGUUUAAUCAGCUUCUUGAUAUGUCACACCUGUCAGGUGGAUGGAUUAUCUUGGCAAAGGAGAAAUGCUCACUAACAGGGAUGUAAACAAAUAUGUGCACAACAAUUUAUAGAAAUAAGCUUUUUGUGCGAAUGAAACAUUUCUGGGAUCUUUUAUUUCAGCUCAUGAAACAUGGGACCAACACUUAUAUUUUUGUUGAGUAUAAAUGCACCUCUGCUUCGUGUGUGCACCUAUUAGCAUACCGUAAAUACCACAGUAUAUAGACAAACAAAAUAAGGAUACGGGACAUGGUGAGGGAGAGCCAUUGUCUUUACACUAUACAACUCGGUGGGGGGGUGUAGAUGUCCGGAGGUAGUGUGGGAGACAUCUCUCAAAGAGAGAUUUGAAUCUAGCUCCGUCUCUUUACACUACAAAAGUAUCUUUCCUGGAAGUAGUAUUUGUCAUCAAAGUAGUGAAGUGUAAUGCAGGGCUGGGGUCUAUUCGAGUUGAAGGCAGUCAAUUCAGGAACUGAUUUUUAUUUAAAAUUCCAAAAUUGAAAACCUUUUGAAAUAAAUAGCAUCUACUCCUCAGUUUUAUUGAAGUAAUUUAAAAUGGAUGCUGUUUUUUCACAUUUUGAAUUAUUUAAGUUUACUUCCUGAAUUGACUGCCUUCCAUUCGAAUUGACCCCAGCUCUGGUGUAAAGAGGCCUUAAAUUGGUGUAGCAUAUUUUGUGCUCACACUCCACUUUCUGACCUACCCAGUGUCUGUUUUACGGACAGAACAUAACAUCUAACUGAUGUCUACAGACAUCUACAGUCUUCACUGUAUUGACAUGUAGGUUGUAAAUGUAAGAUAUCUAAGUGGCUAGGGAUAUGGUCACAUAUUCCGUAUAUUGAUGUUGCUUUGAUGACGUUUCACUACCGAUUCCACUCACACAGGUCUAUAUGAUGACUGUUUUCCCUGAUGUGUCCACAGGUGAUCUUGAACCAGCACAUCCCUGCAGACUACCUGCUGAGAGUAUGCCAGCAGAUAGGUCCUCUCAUAGACAAGGAGGCCCCACCUAGUGUUCCUGGGGUCCAGACCCUCCUGGGCUUGGGAAGGCAGUCUUUGCUUCGCACAGCUAAAAGUGAGCCCUCGUCUCUUCACUGUUUCUCUCUCUCUCUUUCUUUCUCUCGGCAUCAAAGACUAACUGAUGUCAUAAUCCCUACAUAGGUAUUUGGUUACACAGAUGCAGUAUUAAUGUCAGACUCCCAGGUCAUACAGUCUGUAAUGCUUUAGAACCAUGCCUUCUUUUCUGUCUGUCAGGUUGUUGCCACACAGAAUGGAGUGGAACUGCUGUUGCUGCGCUCCACCGGGGUCGCCCCCCAGAACCACCAGUCAGCUUUGGGAAGCCCCCCAGCAUUCGUAAGAUGCGCUUUUAAAAGGAAAAUUGUGAAAUUCUGGCAAUUAAGCCUGAGUCAGAUGAACUCGUGGAUACCAUUUUUAUGUCUCUGCGUGCAGUAUGAAGGAAGUUAGAGGUAGUUUCGCGAGCCAAUGCUAACUAGCAUUAGCUACAAUCACUGGAAGUCUACAGGUACGCUAGCAAAGGUACGUUCUAACUUCCUUCAUACUGCACGCAGAGACAUAAAAUUAGUGUCCACGAGUUCAUCUGACUCUGGGUAAGUAAAUUAAUUGAAUCUCGCAGUAUCCCUUUAAUAAACAUAUUCCUGAAACCCGUAAAAUAUUGGUAACACUACAAAACAAUACAUAUUUAAGUGUGUGUAAAUUAUUUUACCUCUGCUCAACUGACCUGUACUCUCGCCGUCUAGUGUCCAUCAUGGGUGCUCGCCAGACUACUGGCACUGCCCGCUUCGGCCAUGCUCUGCCAUCCUACACCUACCAGCAUGUGAAGAUGCACAGGCGCAUCCUGGGCCACCUGUCCUCUGUGUACUGUGUGGCCUUCGACCGCAGUGGCAGACGGAUAUUUACGGUAAGAGUCUGACAAAAGAGGAGAGAAGGAAUACCAAAGACAGUUGUUGUCAGUUCCCUCUGAAGUGUGUCAGUCUCAAUGCAGCUGGUGUCUCAUCGUGACCCCUCUCCUUCCAGGGUUCUGAUGACUGUCUGGUAAAGAUCUGGUCCACAGAUGAUGGCCGGCUGCUGUCCACCCUGCGUGGCCACGCGGCCGAGAUCUCCGACAUGGCGGUGAACUACGACAACACGCUAAUCGCCUCGGCCAGCUGUGACAAGAUCAUCAGAGUGUGGUGCCUGCGCACCUGCGCCCCCAUCACUGUGCUGCAGGGCCAUGCAGCUUCAAUCACCUCCAUACAGGUCAGAACAACCCUCAGGACUAAGCAAUAAGAACCUAGUUAUACCCUUCAAUAUUCAUUACAUUUACCUUCUGCCAUGUAAAAUAUCUUGCAUGAAACCUGUUGGUUUUUGAGUGCCAUUUUGUGACACUUUCUGCUUGAGAAAUGUUAGUGUGUGUGACACCCCCUGUCCUCCUCAGUUUUGUCCAGCGGUUAAAGGACCAAUGCGGUACCUGGCCUCCACCGGAGCAGACGGCAUGGUGUGUUUCUGGCAAUGGCACUCGCUCAGCAUGAAGUUUGUGUAAGUGUUGGACAGCAGAGUUUGUCUGAGGCAAAACGGUGGGAUGAGAAUGCGAUGGUUUCUUUAUUUUCAACAGAUCAGUUGUUUUGUGGUCUAGGUGAACCUAACCUGUGUUGCAUUCUGAUUCCUCCUCAGUGACCGGCCAGUCAAGUUCAUUGAGCGGUCAAGGCCUGGGGUCCAGAUCUCCACUUCCUCCUUCAGCUGUGGUAGGUGGCCACUAAUAAACAACAUGCUUUACAUUACAUUUAUUCCACUUCACCUUUUCACAGAAUUAUGGGAUUAUUUACUAUUUGACUAUUUGAACAAGGCAAGUUUUCACAAAGCCACAUAACUAGAUCUGUUUGUUAGUUUAAUGAACUUAGCUGUUGUUCCGUUGCUCUUUGAAUCAGGUGGGAUGUUCCUGGCUACAGGCAGCACGGAUCAUGUAAUCAGGGUGUAUUACCUCGGCUCUGAAACACCCAUGAAGCUCUCUGAGUUGGAUGCUCACAUGGUAAGACACAGAGCAGAGAAGAACAGAGAUGGAGCGCGAGCGAGAUAAGAGGAGAAAAGAGCAAGAGAGGGCGCGAGAGAGAGAGACGGAAGAAUCGAUCACAGAGCACUUGCACUGUUCAUAGUUUGUUUCUCACUGCUCCUUUUGUUAACUCCUACCUCUCUUCUUCCAGGACAAAGUUGUGGUGGUCCAGUUUUGUAACAACAGUUACAGGUUAGUGUGUGCAAUUGUCUCUUUACUUAGAUAAAACUAUUUUGAUUUGUUGCUGUGUGGCCUCUAACUGCUGUGUCUGUUCCCAGCCUAAGGUUUGUGAGUGGUAGUCGUGACGGCACAGCCAGGAUAUGGCAUUACCAGCAGCAGGAGUGGAAGAGCAUUACUCUGGACAUAGCCACUAGACUGCCAGGGUAAGACAAUGCUGUCCAGCUGCAAUGGUGUCCAGAAUUGACGUCUGUGCAGCAGCAUUGCCGUAUGUGCAGCAGCAAAUGGGUUUAUGUCUCAUUAGUAAGUGGUUAGCAUGUAUUUAACGUAUGAAAUUGUCACAGGACUGCUGUUGUGAAUGGUGAGGACAAGACCAAGCUGGUGCCGACAAUGGUGGCCUGGGACCGUGGUGACCGCACUGUCGUCACAGCGGUCUCUAACUACCUGCUCAAAGUGUGGAGCUCCACCACGGGUCAGCUGCUGCAUGUGCUGUCUGUGAGUAGAUGUCUAUCUCCUGUUGGUCUUCUCCACAAACGGCUAGAGACCUUUGGCUCUGUAGAAAGGCAUAAAGCUGUCUUGUGUUCAUAUACAUACAAUAAAUAUAAUUCAAACACUAGAUACAGGUAACUGCCAAAAUAUAGGAAACACCAACAUAGUGUCUUAAUAGGGCAUUGGGCCACCAUGAGCUGCCAGAACACCUUCAAUGCGCCUGGGCAUAGAUUCUACAAGUAUCUGGAACUCUAUUGGAGGGAUGUGACACCCUUCUUCCACGAGAAAUUCCAUUAUUUGAUGUUUUGUUGAUGGUGGUGGAAAACGCUGUCUCAGGCGCCGCUCCAGAAUCUCUUUCAGUCACUGAGAUCUCUUCUAGCCAUGGUAGCCAAAAUAAUGGGCAACUGGGAAUUUUUACACAUGACCAUAAGCAUGAUUGGAUGUUCAUUGCUUAAUUAACUCAGGAACCACACGUGAGGAAGCACCUGCUUUCAAUAUACUUCGUAUCCCUCAUUUACUCAAGUGUUUCUUUUGUUUUGGCAGUUACCUGUAUAUCUUUGUAGUGUUUCUGGUCUCUUCAGUGAGUAAGACCUGUUAGGACUGAAUGUGUUGUUCCUCCUCCAGGGUCAUGAUGAUGAGGUGUUUGUCCUGGAGGCCCACCCCUUUGACCACCGCAUCAUGCUCUCUGCCGGCCACGAUGGCAACAUCUACAUGUGGGACCUCUCCAAGGGAUCCAAGAUCCGCAACUUCUUCAACAUGGUGAGAGACUGACUACUGGAUAUGGAUUACAUGGUGACUGUGUUGGUGGCAUACUUGUUUCACCCUGGCAGACAUUCAUACAUGCCUUUCUGUCUCAGAUUGAGGGCCAAGGCCACGGAGCUGUGUUUGACUGUAAGUUCUCAGCUGAUGGACAGCAUUUUGCCUGCACUGACUCCCAUGGCCACCUGCUCAUCUUUGGCUUCGGCUGCAGCAGACCCUAUGAGAAGGUAAGUCUCAGACCGCUACACGUUGCUUGUUUGGAUAAAGAUGUGUAAGUUACAUGUUAUCGUAAUGUUUGUAAAGAGAAAAUGUUACACAGAAUAACAAAUCUCUUCUUCCUCCAUUUCCCUCCUCCAGAUUCCUGACCAAAUGUUCUUCCACACUGACUUCCGGCCGCUGAUCCGAGACGCCAAUAACUUUGUCCUGGAUGAGCAGACCCAGCAGGCGCCCCACCUUAUGCCCCCUCCCUUCCUGGUGGAUGUGGACGGGAACCCCCACCCCACCCACUACCAGCGCCUGGUGCCCGGCAGGGAGAGCUGCAAGGAUGAGCAUCUGGUGCCCCAGCUUGGCUACAUGGCCAACGGUAAACAUCCUUACCAACGCUUCUUAGUGGUUUCAACAAUAAUUAUUUACCUGGCUUUGGAAUUAAAAUGUGAAUAAAGUUGGGAUUUCUAACCUACUUCUCUGUUGCUUAGGUGAUGGUGAGGUGGUGGAGCAGGUGAUCGGCCAGCAAACGGCGGAGGAGGGUCACGGAGAAAGCCCAUUGGAUGUCCUGAUCAGACAGUUGCAGAACCAGCCGGAUGAGAGGCAGGACCAAAAUGGAGUGCCAGAAGGAGAGGGGGGUACGUGUCAGUCUCAUAUAACCAUAUUUAUACUGAACAGAAAUAUAAACGCAACAUGUAAAGUGUUGGUCCCAUGUUUCAUGAGCUGAAAUAAAAUAUCCCAGAAAUUGUCCAUACGCACAAAAAGCUUAUUUCUCUCAAAUUUGGUGCGCAAAUUUGUUUACAUCCCUGUUAGUGAGCAUUUCUCCUUUGCCAAGAUAAUCUAUCCACCUGACAGGUGUGGCAUAUCAAGAAGCUGAUUAAACAGAAUGAUCAUUACACAGGUGCACCUUGUGCUGGGGAUAAUAAAAGGCCACUCUAAAAUGUGCAGGUUUGUCACAACACAAUGCAACACAGAUGUCUCAAGUUUUGAGGGAACGUGCAAAUGGCAUGAUGACUGCAGGAAUGCCCACCAGAGUUGUUCCCAAAAAAUGUAAUGUUCAUGUCUCUACCAUAAGCCGCAUCCAUCGUCGUUUUAGAGAAUUUGGCAGUACGUCCAACUGGCCUCACAACCGCAGACCACAUGUAACCACGCCAGCCCAGGACCUCCACAUCCGGCUUCUUUAAAUGCAGGAUAGUCUGAGACCAGCCACCCGGACAGCUGUUUGAUUAUGUAAAUGUUGUGAACAGAGUGCCCCAUGGUGGAGGUGGGGUUAUGGUAAGGGCAGGCAUAAGCUACGGACAACGAACACAAUUGCAUUUUAUCGAUGGCAAUUUGAAUGUGCAGAGAGAUACCGUGACAACGAGAUCCUGAGGCCCAUUGUUGUGCCAUUAAUUCGCCGCCAUCACCUCAUGUUUCAGCAUGAUAAUGCACGGCCCAGUCGCAAGGAUCUGUACACAACAAUUUUUGGAAGCUGAAAUGUCCCAGUUCUUCCAUGGCCUGCAUACUCACCAGACGUCACCCAUUGAGCAUGUUUGGGAUGCUCUUUAUCGACCUCGUGUUCCAGUUCCCGCCAAUAUCCAGCAACUUCGCACAGCCAUUGAAGAGGAGUGGGACAACAUUCCACAGGCCACAAUCAACAGCCUAUGUGAAGGAGAUGUGUCGCGCUGCAUGAGGCAAAUAGUGGUCACACCAGAUACGGACUGGUUAUCUGAUCCACACCCCUACUGUUUUUUGUAAAGGUAUCUGUGACCAACCUAUGCCUAUCUGUAUUUCCAGUAAUGUACAAUCUAUAGGUUAGGGCCUAAUGAAUUUAUACUGAACAAAAAUAUAAACGCAACAUGCAACAAUUUCAAAGAUUUUACUGAGUUACAGUUUAUAUAAGGAAAUCAGUCAAUUGAAAUAAAUUCAUUGGGCCCUAAUCUAUGGAUUUCACAUGACUGGGCAGGAGCGCAGCUAUUGGUGGGCCUGGGAUGGCAUAGGCCCAUCCACUGGGGAGCCAGGCCCUGCCAAUCAGAAUGAAUUUUUCCCCACAAAAGGGCUUUAUUACAGACAGAAAUACUCCUUAGUUUCAUCAGCUGUCCGGGUGGUUGGUCUCAGACGAUCCUGCAGGUGAAGAAGCCGGAUAUGGAGGUCGGUUGGAUGUAUUGCCAAAUUCUCUAAAAUGACAGGCGGCUUAUGGUAGAGAAAUGAACAUUCAAUUCUCUGGCAACAGUUCUGGUGGACAUUCCUGGAGUCAGCAUGCCAUUUGCACGCUCCCUCAACUUGAGGCAUCUGUGGCAUUGUGUUGUGUGACAAAACUGCACAUUUUAGUGGCCUUUUACUGUCCCCAGCAGAAGGUGCACCUGUGUAAUGAUCAUGCUGUUUAAAUCAGCUUCUUGAUAUGCCACACCUGUCAGGAGAAAUACUCACUAACAGGGAUGUAAACACGUUUGUGCACACAAUUUGAGAGAGAUAAGCUUUUUGUGCAUAUGGAACAUUUCAAUCUUUUAUUUUAGCUCCUCAAACAUGGGACCAGCGCUUUACAUGUUGCAUUUUAUAUUUGUGUUCAGUGUACAUACAGGGAUGCCCCUUGAAUCUUCUUAUUGGAUUUCAGAUGUUUUCAACCGUGUUCGAUCUUGUCUAGCCAUCUUGUUUCAAGAAGACCACAAUGGAAAUAAGUCCCAGACUUUAUUGUGUGUUAUCCUCAAUCAUUUUACUCAUGUGCUGUAUGGCUUUUAUGUAUGGCUUUUUCAAGUUUUAUGUGUGCUUGUUUUUUUAAAUGGUCGAAUUAAUAAACUAAACUAAAUGAAAGUUGUAUGUAUACUCUGUUUUCCCUCAUUUGCAGCUGUUGAGGGAGCCGAGGUAGUGGGAUCACCCCCUAAUGUGGGCCUGAGGAGGAGUGGUCAGGUGGAGGGUGUGCGUCAGAUGCACCACAAUGCCCCUCGCAGUCAGAUGGCCACGGAGAGGGACCUGCUGGCCUGGAGCAGGAGAGUGGUUGUCAACGAGGUCCAGCAAGGGGUCCUCCGGUGAGACUGACUAACUGGCUAACUAACCAGAGAGCCUACCUGAGAUGGCCUUGAACCUUAUGUUCUAACCAUUAUUUCCAUCCUCUUAAUGAUGUGCCUAGGACUGUUUGUAAGAUUGCCUUGGUAGAUAUCACCCAGUGGCUGACUGAAGCUGUGUGUUUGUGUUGUGUAGGGUGAUGGAGGAGACCAGGCGGGCCAAAGGUGAGGUGGAGUGUUCCCUCUACAACACAGAGAGGAGGAGGAAACCUGUACCCAGUGCUCCUAAGGUGAGUCUCUACACUACUGUCCCACAGCUCUCUAUCUCUUUCAGAACAAAUGUCCCCCUUCCCUUUGUUGAUUUAUACCAAUAGCUUUACUUUCUUUUCUAUCAUUUAACGACUUCUCACCCCUUCCCCCCUGUAGACUGAGGAGCAGGCUCCAUGCAAGCGCUCCCUGCGGCAGACCCAGAGGAAGAAGAAGCAGACCAGGCCUGCACCAGCGUACCAGACCCGCUCAGCAAGAGAUCGCCGCCCUGUGGAUAGGGGGAGGAACUCUGACAGCCAGAUGGACUCAGACAGCAAUGGAGAGGUGGGGGUGGUUGUAGUCUGUUGUUCUUGAAGUAGCAGAGGCCUUGGUGUUGUCAUGUUAGAGGAGGUCUAAUCAUGUUCCAAUGUGUCUACAGGCAGAGGAGCAGGCAGAAGCCAGUGAUGCUUCCUCUGAUGGGGAAGCACAGUGGCAGAGUGACAGCAGUUCCAGGUAAAUGUCUACCAUCUCCUAAACAGUCAAAGUUCAACCAUAAACACUUUCCCAGGCGUUUCUUUAGAUAACAGCAAAACUAGCCAGUUAUGCUAACGUUAGCUAGCUAGCUAACCAAACGAGAAUGUGUAGAAUUCCAUGGCUGAAUGCCUCUACUCUACAUUCAACACAAUUAUUUUAAUCAGAACUUCCAUUCCAAUUAGCUACUGUUUUUGUUGUAGUUCUCAGGUCAAAAGAUUAAAGCAAAUUAUCCCAAUUCUAGUACAGUAGCAGCUUGUGACUAGUUCAUGUUGAACAUGGAUAAGAAGUAGGCUAGAUCUAAUAGCUGUAUGAUAUUUUACAUAAACUUUUAUAUCCGACCUGGCUGAGAUGUUAUUUAUUUUGUGUUUUCUUCCCCUCUAAUUAAAACAUAUUCUACCUCCAGCUAGGGCAGUGGCGGUCAUGGCAUUCUGUCAGCCGGUUAUUGUCAUGCUGCAGGUCUCACGGUAAUUGUCUGUUAAUUAACAUAAACGCGUUUAGCAUCUCCAGGCCUCCAUGCAUACAAGCUGCUGAUGUGAGCCUUUGGAACAUCUACAUUUAAAAAAAGUAUAAUAAAUCAAUUGAAUAUACACAUCACAAUAAAUCCAUUAUUUGUUGUAGGUAGGUCUAAAGAAACAUUAUGAUAUGAAGAAAAUGUAUUUCAGAAGAACAGAAUAUGAGUAGGCCUACUGUAUGUUAUCUGGCUAUGCUCCAUGCCAUAGGCUGUAGGCUUGUUCAUUUAGCUGACAAAAUAUGCUUAUAAGUCCCGUGCCAUUAUUUUAUAUUAUAUGAUUUUAUAGUAAGAAUAUAAUUGAACUUAGCUGAAUAAAAUAAAGGAUAUUUUUCCCAUUCCAAAGCGAGUGUGUGCAUAUGAAGGCUAUGUUGAGCGUAAAAGUGAUGAUUUGAAACAGGUCCUAUAUGCUCGAUUUCUAGUUAUUUGGCAACUUUAGUUGUAAAUGAUAGAAACCUUAGAAUGCCUUAGAAAUCAAAAGAUAUAUGGGAUGCAUGAUGCGACUAGACUAUUGAUGAUUUGAGAAAGUCCUUGCUUCAGGCUGCAUACACUGUUCUCUCAUUAAGUGAUCAUAUUUUCACCUAUCAGACUUUUCUCAAUUUAAUCUUGUCUUUACUAAUAUGUACAUAUGUAGAAUAUGUAGAUUGGUCCAUUCAUCAAAUGGGCAGGAACAGGGGCAAGACAAAAAUACAUGCCAUUCGUAUGCACUCAAAUAGUGAAUGGAGGCCACUUUCCCUCCGGUAUAUUUUUCACUCAUGUCAGGUAGGCUACUCCUGUUAUUUUGCUGCGGGACAGGUGAUAUUCCACCCAAACUUUAUGCCAUGGGCUCUUCAACACUCUUCCUGCAGCUACCUAGUGCUUAAUUUGGGAAACCAAGUGAAAUCUGUUCGGAACAUCGAUAGUAAAAAAAAAUCACAACGUAACAAAUUUCAUUAAACUAUUGACAGCCCCUCUCUCUGCGUGCUGGAGAAAUGAAUGAAGGAGAGAGGGGAGGAGAUGGAAACGCACGGUGGUAAGAUAUUCUGUAGCUAAAAGUAAUGUUAUUACUAGGCAAUACAAAGUCAAAUACAAAUUCACUAUAACUGAUUUUUAUUUUAUGUAGGCUAGACCCAUUUUGUACCAAAUAUAUCUUAAAUCAGUAUUGUAAGUCGCUCUGGAUAAGAGCGUCUGCUAAAUGACUAAAAUGUAAAUGUAAAUGUAUUUGUUUGUUUUUCUGCAAUGUGAUAUGCGAUAAGCUAUAUAUUGUAUAAUUGCACAAUCAUUAUUUAAAUUAAGUAAUUUUUUCAGGCUUGGGCACUAUGCAUAUGCAUAAUCUCUAAUAUGCAUAUGUGUGUUCUGAAUUAAUCAUUACCUUAGAAAGCCUGCCCAUUUCAUUGUGUUAGGCUUUGAAACAACGUCCACAGCGACCAUGUUUUCCACUCAGUUUCAACCUGUUGUUUGAACUUCUUUCUUCAAAUUGAUCAUUCACAGUGAGGUGUUUUAAAAGCACAUACUGUUUUGAUGAUGUGUUUGAUGUGAUUUUCUAUUGCAUGGAUGUCAGUGGUUAGAGGGACAAUAGAAUCCUGAGUACCAGGUCGUUAGCGACCUGAUGAUUGUUAUCGAGUUGGGUACUACUAACGUAUGUCCAGAGUGCAUAAGAGUUGAUUACCGUGACUCAACGGUCAUGUAGAAUUUUACUGCGGUCAUGACUCAUGACUGCCGGUGUGGCGGUAGUACGGUCACCGCAACAGCCCUACCUACAACCCAAUGGAAUGGGUUUUCAAAUGAAACAUCUUUAAUUAGGGUCAAAUUUGAACAAUUUCUAAACAAUUGCGAUGUAACCAACAAAAACAAAAUACACAUUUCCUUAUCACUUUUCUCCCCCUCAGUGUCUCCUCCAGUGAUUACUCUGAUUGGACAGCUGAUGCAGGGAUCAACCUCCAACCCCCCAAGCGGACCAGCAGAAGGCAGGUGCGGCCACCCGGUGGCUCCAGCAGCUCUGAGGAAGGGGAGGCGGAGGGCCAGGGCCAGGGAGAGGAGGCCAGGAGGAAGCAGGCAGAGGAGAAGAAAAAGAAGCCCAAGCAGACCAAACAGAAGGUGAGCUCACAGAACGUACAGUAGAGACAUGGGCAUUGGGCAGGGAAUGGUGCAGCCAACGUGCUGCUUGGAAAUGAUGUAUCUCAGUUACUGGCUAUACAGAGUAUGGUGCUUCUAGCUAGUUUAUGUGCUGAGGUCCAAUGACUGAGGGCAAGUACCAUUGCCUUAGCAUGUGUGAUAAUGCGGACCGUUUAACCCCGUAUCUGUGCUCAGAAACCCAGUUCGUCUCUGUCUCUGGCUGGCCGUGACGCGGAGGAAUGGCUUCCCCCGUCCUGGAUCAUGGAGACCAUCCCCCGCCGCUCUCCUUUUGUGCCACAGAUGGGUGAUGAGGUAAGGAACCUUACUGCCUGAUGGGCCAUAGGAGGUCCAGCAGAGUACCCCAGAAAAUAUAUUCACAUUUUGACAUUUGAGCUUAAUCUGUACCUCGUUUAAUAUUGAUAGUGCAAGGUUUGUGUCAUAGUUGAUAGACACUGUGGCCUGUGUGAUGACCCUCCUCUUCCUAUUGCUCACCAGCUGAUGUACUUCAGGCAGGGCCACCAGGCCUAUGUCAGGGCAGUGCGCAGGGCCAAGGCCUAUAGCAUCAACCCUCAGAAACAGUCCUGGAACAAGCUCAACCUCAGGGUAAGCCCAACCCUCAACACUUACUCACACUGCUUCCUUUGUCUACUAUAUGUUAUUUUAUGUAUUUUGUAUGUCCUUCAUGGAUCCCAUAUCCUUAAUGUGGCCUAGUGUUUUAUUCCUCUUGUCACCCCCCUCUCUCUUAUUUUAAAGUCUUUGUCUGUUUUUUCAUCGUUCAGGACCAGGAGUCUGUGAAGGUGGUUGGCAUCAAGUAUGAGGUGGGCCCCCCACCCUUUGUUGCCUAAAACUGGCCUUCCUGCACCCCAUCUCAGGCAAAAUGACAAAUGAGUCAUUCUCCCUAAAGUGAGUCAUCCAUCUUUAUUCUCUUGUGUGAAAAGAAUAUGGCAAUGAAUGACAUGUCCUUGUUCUCCCAGGUACCAUGACAUGCCGGAUGUCAUUGAUUUCCUGGUGCUCCAGCAGUUCUAUGACGAAGCUAAAGAGCACAACUGGCAGACAGGUUAGUGUUGCUUCACUCUGCUAGCCUCUCUCCAGCAUGCAGAACAUACGCCUGUUAGAGGAUGUGCCCAGUUCACUCACCUACAUGUUUAUCUCCUACACUCCUUUUUGUUUGAGUGCCAUGUGAGCAAUGUGGUGCACUCUCCCACAUGUUUGUGUGUUCUGUGGGAUGUAGCGUUACAGUUCAUGCUCCCAUAAAUCUGUGUUCUGUAAGUUUGGUGAUUCACGGACCAGCAUGUACUGAAACAAGCAUGAUUUGUUCCUGCUAGGUAUGCGCUUCCGGAGCAUCAUCGAUGACGCCUGGUGGUUUGGCUCAGUGGAGGACCAACAGCCACUCCAGCCAGAGUACCCAGACAGUCUGUUCCAGUGCUACACUGUCAAGUGAGUCAAUGUGUACCCUGCUACUCUAGACCUCAGCUUACACAGUCUGAAGUGGUACAGCAGUGUGUGCCUCAAUAGCUCAUACUAUAGCUUACACCCAGUAGGUGGAAAAUAUGUCUUAAGAUACUGAAUGUUAAGUUGUGAUUUCUCUUGACUAGGUGGGAUAAUAGUGAGAGUGAGAAAAUGAGCCCUUGGGACAUGGAGCCCAUUCCUGAUGAAGGUUAGUAUCACUGCUUCUAUCAGUGGCUCCUCACCCAUCUCAGAUCAUCUACUGUAAUAAUGCAAUUUGAGUUUGCAGCCAGAGUUUACACAUUGAAAUAUCCCCCUAGCUAGCACACUCAAAAUCACUUAACAUAACACAUGCAGUCUCUGUAUUUAGUAUGAUACGUAAGAUCAGGUUAUUGAUAGUGAAACUGAGCAGCCAGCCAAUGACGCAAUGUGGUCUCUCUGACUGGCAUAUUGUGUUCCUUCCCCCAGCGGAGUUGCCAGAGGAGGUUGGUGACGGGGUGGCAGUGACGGAGGACGAGGUGAAGGCUCGCCUCUACAGCCCCCAGGAGGGGGAGUGGGGGGCUCACACACGGGACGAGGACUGCCAGAGGAUCAUCUUUGGCAUCGACGAGCUGCUCACACUGGGUAGGUCACAGCUACCACACAGGAAGUCCUGCUUGUCAUAUUGGAUGAAUUGAGCCAAGGGUGACCCUGAUUUUAAUUCGCAGUUGAUUGUAACUGGAAGUGGUCUUGGAUAUGGCUUGGUAUUGAUUAAUCAGUGUGUUGUGUUUGUGUAGACCUGGCCAAGGCGUUUGCGUCACCAGUGGACCUGCGGGACUACCCUCUCUACUGCACUGUGGUGGCCUACCCCACUGACCUCAGCACCAUCCGCAGACGGCUGGAGAACCGCUUCUACAGGUCAGUACUGGCCUCUCAGCCUGCACCCUGAAACCAUGCAGUAUUACAGCACCCUCUCAGAUCAACCACUCACACUGGAAUAAUCCUUCAAACCAAUUGUAAUUGUUGCUAAUCUUCCAGUCAGCCCCAUUGUAUCUCAGCUGUAAUUGGACUUUGGUAUGUGCCAGUUUGAGGAGAUCAAUGACUUUCACUCAGCUUAUCCCCUCGGGAUGUUCAUCUCUCCUAGGCGGAUCUCGGCUCUGAUGUGGGAGGUGCGCUACAUCGAGCACAACGCCCGCACUUUCAACGAGCCCCAGAGCCCCAUCGUGGCAGCAGCUAAGGUGAUGACUGACGUGCUCCUCUGCUACAUCGGGUAAGGUGCCCCUGAAAUCGCGCUUAAUGAAUGGUGUAGAUUUCCCCUGUGUGAAACGUUGACUCAUUAAGAACUUAGUUUUGACUGUGAAUAUGACCAGCUGUUUUGUUGUUGUGUGGUUUUGUCAGGGACCAGAGCUGCACAGACAUCUUAGAUCUGUACCACAAGGUGAAGACAGAGAUGAGCAGUGGAGAGGAUGAGGUGAGACAUGAAGAUGUGUGUGUGUGUGUACACCUCAAAGGAGUUCAUCGUGAUGUUUGAAUUGUCUUGGUGGUGUAUUACUCAGUACUAAGAGUACAUGUGUCUGUGUGUUGGUGUGCAGACUGCUGAGGUGAACAUGGACUCUGACACUCCAGGGACCUCCACCGGACAACGGGUAAGGGAGGGAUGCAUCUCAAACAUGGAAUAUCCAUUGCUGUUGCUAUGACUGUAUUUCCUGUUCCCCAUGAUCUCGCUUUUCCUGUGUUUUUCUGUAUCAACCUAACUGGACACCUUCACGCUCUCCCACUAUCAGCGGGCCAAUCCCAGUCCUAAGAAGCGUGGGGUGGUGUUAGACGUGCGUGCGUGGCGGGGCCAGUGUCGGGAGCUGCUGCGGCGUAUGAUGGACGGCCCUGACUCUGAACCCUUCAGACAGCCUGUGGACCUCUUCACCUACCCAGUAAGGCUCUCCUCCUCUCCUUGUUAUCAUAAUCCCUACCAAUUAUAUAACCCCUCACACACAGAGAGGAUAACAGCCUGCUACAGGAUGUGCCUUAGGAUCUGAGUGCUUUACAAUCUGACAUGUUCCUCCACAGUGACAUGUUAAAGAUGGAAUCAGUAAUGGUGAAACUGACAGGUUUGUGACAUUACAACAAAGAUAUUACUUCAAACAAUGAACAAUGUUUUUUUCCCCCUCUGAAAUCAUUGCACAUCAUUGUACGUGCGAUAGAACAUCAGAGUAUUACACUUUUUUUGCACGACGCUGGAGGCUUCACCAUUUCAUAAACAAAAACAAUAACCAUCACCUAGGACUUGACAUAGGUUAAUCAAAUCUCUUUUUUUUUUUAAAAAUUUCGCUAAAUCUUGCAUGCUUUCUCAAACAGCUGUAGCUGUAAAUGCAUUCGUAAAUCCGGUCCUUUCUUGAGUUGGGCUCUGGGAUGUAACAACCGUUGAGCAUCUGAGAUUAUGGUUGAUUGUGGAGGAAAGAGGUUGAGUGUGUAAGAGUGUGUAUGUAUCCCACAUCUGUUGCAAGGGGGUAAGGAUGUUAGGGAGAAUAUACAGUGAGGGGGAAAAAGUAUUUGAUCCCCUGCUGAUUUUGUACGUUUGCCCACUGACAAAGAAAUGAUCAGUCUAUAAUUUUAAUGGUAGGUUUAUUUGAACAGUGAGAGACAUAAUAACAACAAAAAAAUCCAGAAAAAUGCAUGUCAAGGGGACAGGACAACUUCACCGCAUCAAAGGGACGAUGGACGGGGCCAUGUACCGUCAAAUCUUGGGUGAGAACCUCCUUCCCUCAGCCAGGGCAUUGAAAAUGGGUCGUGGAUGGGUAUUCCAGCAUGACAAUGACCCAAAACACACGGCCAAGGCAACAAAGGAGUGGCUCAAGAAGAAGCACAUUAAGGUCCUGGAGUGGCCUAGCCAGUCUCCAGACCUUAAUCCCAUAGAAAAUCUGUGGAGGGAGCUGAAGGUUCGAGUUGCCAAACGUCAGCCUUGAAACCUUAAUGACUUGGAGAAGAUCUGCAAAGAGGAGUGGGACAAAAUCCCUCCUGAGAUGUGUGCAAACCUGGUGGCCAACUACAAGAAACGUCUGACCUCUGUGAUUGCCAACAAGGGUUUUGCCACCAAGUACUAAGUCAUGUUUUGCAGAGGGGUCAAAUACUUAUUUCCCUCAUUAAAAUGCAAAUCAAUUUCUAACAUUUUUGACAUGCGUUUUUCUGGAUUUUUUUGUUAUUCUGUCUCUCAUUGUUUAAAUAAACCUACCAUUAAAAUUAUAGACUGAUCAUGUCUUUUGUCAGUGGGCAAACGUACAAAAUCAGCAGGGGAUCAAAUACUUUUUUUCCCCUCACUGUAGGAUGAACCACAAUAAUUGUUUGCUAAAAUAAUAAUUGCUUGACAGAAAUGUCAUGCAAUGGCAAUCCGGGUUAUAGGUAACAAUCCUUUGCAUGAACUGCCAACAUUAUUACGCAUAUUAAUUGAUAAUGAUGGAAAUUAAGAUAUGCAAGAUAUUUGAAUAGAUAUAUAUUUUUUAAUAGCUAUAUUGAGGUGAGAGCAUUGGAAGUGCUUUUGGUGGUUGACCUGCUUCUGUUUUGUGGGUGGCACUGUGUGCUGUUUUCGAAGGAUGGGUCCUGGCCUCUCGGGGGGCCUAGGGAUCCGGGGGGACGAGGGUGGUCUGCCGAUCACUGGGAUGACAACCCAACUUGGGAGGGGCUUUAGCGGGGGGAAUAGUGGAGAACGAUUACAGGGUUACUUAGUAGCAAUGCAAAUAUCAUGGUACAGCUAUAUGGACACUUAAUCACUAUGGUACUUUUUAAUGGUACAUUUACAAACAUAUAUUAUGAUAAAUAGAUUUGAAACUUGUAUCUCAUUAUGGUUAAAUAAGUAUAGUCAGUUAUAAUUGUAAUGGCUUAGCAGAUAAGAAAAGAAGAAGAAUAUUUACAUGGCUCAAAGAGAAGAACACAUCUAUUGUUUACAGGAAACUCAUUCAACUAUUUUAGAUGAAGUUGUGUGGAAAAAGGACUGGGGGGGGGGGGGGGCGAAAUAUACUUCUCCCAUGGGCAAAGAAACUCAAAAGGGGUGAUGAUAUUAAUUAACAGUAAUUUUGAUCCGAAUGUGCAAAUUGUCCAAACAGAUCCGCAAGGUAGAUGGAUGAUUUUAAAUAUGUUAUUGGACCAUAAACCUUUUUCAGGACCCUGUCUUUCAAAGAUAAUUUGUAAAAAUCCAAAUAUCUUCUUCAUUGUAAAGGGUUUAAACACUGUUUCCCAUGCUUGUUCAAUGAAACAUAAACAAUUAAUGAACAUGCACCUGUGGAACGGUCGUUAAGACACUAACAGCUUAGACGGUAGGCAAUUAAGGUCACAGUUAUGAAAACUUAGGACACUAAAGAGGCCUUUCUACUGACUCUGAAAAACACCAAAAGAAAGAUGCCCAGGGUCCCUGCUCAUCUGCGUGGACGUGCCUUAGGCAUGCUGCAAGGAGGCAUCAGGACUGCAGAUGUGGCCAGGGCAAUACAUUGCCAUGUCUGUACUGUGAGAUGCCUAAGACAGCGCUACAGGGAGACAGGACGGACAGCUGAUCGUCCUCGCAGUGGCAGACCACGUGUAACAACACCUGCACAGGAUCGGUACAUCCGAACAUCACACCUGCGGGACAGGUACAGGAUGGCAACAACAACUGCCCGAGUUACACCAGGAACGCACAAUCCCUCCAUCAGUGCUCAGACUGUCCGCAAUAGGCUGAGAGAGGCUGGACUGAGGGCUUGUAGGCCUGUUGUAAGGCAGGUCCUCACCAGACAUCACAGGCAACAACGUCGCCUAUGGGCACAAACCCACCGUCGCUGGACCAGACAGGACUGGCAAAAAGUGCUCUUCCCUGACGAGUCACGGUUUUGUCUCACCAGGGGUGAUGGUCGGAUUCGCGUUGAUCGUCGAAGGAAUUAGAUUAUAUUUUUUUGGGGUAGAUCAGCUUAAUAUUGCAGAUAGAUUGUAACUUCCAUCAAUGUAAUUGUCUGCAUCACUUCCAAUCCCCCAUGUUUUUAUAUAUAUAUAUAUAUAUAUAUAUAUAUAUAUAUAUAUAUAUAUAUAUAUAUAUAUAUAUAUAUACACACAGUGGGGGGGAAAAAAGUAUUUAGUCAGCCACCAAUUGUGCAAGUUCUCCCACUUAAAAAGAUGAGAGAGGCCUGCAAUUUUCAUCAUAGGUACACGUCAACUAUGACAGACAAAUUGAGAAAAAAAUCCAGAAAAUCACAUUGUAGGAUUUUUAAUGAAUUUAUUUGCAAAUUAUGGUGGAAAAUAAGUAUUUGGUCACCUACAAACAAGCAGGAUUUCUGGCUCUCACAGACCUGUAACUUCUUCUUUAAGAGGCUCCUCUGUCCUCUACUCGUUACCUGUAUUAAUGGCACCUGUUUGAACUUUACCUGUAUAAAAGACACCUGUCCACAACCUCAAACAGUCACACUCCAAACUCCACUAUGGCCAAGACCAAAGAGCUGUCAAAGGACACCAGAAACAACAUUGUAGACCUGCACCAGGCUGGGAAGACUGAAUCUGCAAUAGGUAAGCAGCUUGGUUUGAAGAAAUCAACUGUGGGAGCAAUUAUUAGGAAAUGGAAGACAUACAAGACCACUGAUAAUCUCCCUCGAUCUGGGGCUCCACGCAAGAUCUCACCCCGUGGGGUCAAAAUGAUCACAAGAACGGUGAGCAAAAAUCCCAGAACCACACGGGGGGACCUAGUGAAUGACCUGCAGAGAGCUGGGACCAAAGUAGCAAAGCCUACCAUCAGUAACACACUACGCCGCCAGGGACUCAAAUCCUGCAGUGCCAGACGUGUCCCCCUGCUUAAGCCAGUACAUGUCCAGGCCCGUCUGAAGUUUGCUAGAGUGCAUUUGGAUGAUCCAGAAGAGGAUUGGGAGAAUGUCAUAUGGUCAGAUGAAACCAAAAUAGAACUUUUUGGUAAAAACUCAACUCGUCGUGUUUGGAGGACAAAGAAUUCUGAGUUGCAUCCAAAGAACACCAUACCUACUGUGAAGCAUGGGGGUGGAAACAUCAUGCUUUGGGGCUGUCUUUCUGCAAAGGGACCAGGACGACUGAUCCAUGUAAAGGAAAGAAUGAAUGGGGCCAUGUAUCGUGAGAUUUUGAGUGAAAACCUCCUUCCAUCAGCAAGGGCAUUGAAGAUGAAACGUGGCUGGGUCUUUCAGCAUGACAAUGAUCCCAAACACACCGCCCGGGCAACGAAGGAGUGGCUUCGUAAGAAGCAUUUCAAGGUCCUGGAGUGGCCUAGCCAGUCUCCAGAUCUCAACCCCAUAGAAAAUCUUUGGAGGGAGUUGAAAGUCCGUGUUGCCCAGCGACAGCCCCAAAACAUCACUGCUCUAGAGGAGAUCUGCAUGGAGGAAUGGGCCAAAAUACCAGCAACAGUGUGUGAAAACCUUGUGAAGACUUACAGAAAACGUUUGACCUGUGUCAUUGCCAACAAAGGGUAUAUAACAAAGUAUUGAGAAACUUUUGUUAUUGACCAAAUACUUAUUUUCCACCAUAAUUUGCAAAUAAAUUCAUUAAAAAUCCUACAAUGUGAUUUUCUGGAGAAUUUUUUUUCUCAUUUUGUCUGUCAUAGUUGACGUGUACCUAUGAUGAAAAUUACAGGCCUCUCUCAUCUUUUUAAGUGGGAGAACUUGCACAAUUGGUGGCUGACUAAAUACUUUUUUUCCCCACUGUAUAUACAUACAUACAUACAUACAUACAUACAUACAUACAUAUCCUUUUAAAAAAUAUUAAUAUUCCCCUUUAUUACUUUCCAACCCCGCCACCCUUUCCCCACUUGGAGUAAACUAGUGAACAACAACGCCUAGGCCUCUACUUCCAGCCCAUACCCACUAUCUACAUUUUAUGGACACAGUCAAUUUUACAGUAAUUACAUUUUGUUUGUUCUUUCUCCUGAACUACUUCUACUCUCAACCUCUCCGAUCAUUUUCAUGAUGUCCAUCCGGUUUGCUUCUAUAUGCCAUAAACUGUGCUCCUUCACAAAAGCUCCCAACCUACAAUGAGCGUUACACCGAGGCCUUUACUCUGGAGAGGGAUCGAUUUGGAGGUGGAGGGUCUGUCAUGGUCUGGGGUGGUGAGUCACAGCAUCAUCGGACUGAGCUUGUUGUCAUUGCAGGCAAUCUCAACGCUGUGCGUUGCAGGGAAGACAUCCUCCUCCCUCGUGGUACCCUUCCUACAGGCUCAUCCUGACAUGACCCGCCAGCAUGACAAUGCCACCAGCCAUACUGCUCGUUCUGUGCGUGAUUUCCUGCAAGACAGGAAUGUCAGUGUUCUGCCAUGGCCAGCGAAGAGCCCGGAUCUCAAUCCCAUUGAGCACGUCUGGGACCUGUUGGAUCGGAGGGUGAGGGCUAGGGCCAUUCCCUCCCCCAGAAAUGUCAGGGAACUUGCAGGUGCCUUGGUGGAAGAGUGGGGUAACAUCUCGCAGCAAGAACUGGCAAAUCUGGUGCAGUCCAUGAGGAGGAGAUGCACUGCAGUACUUAAUGCAGCUGGUGGCCACACUGUUACUUUUGAUUUUGACCCCCCCCUUUGUUCAGGGAUACAUUAUUCAAUUUCUGUUAGUCACAUGUCUGUUGAACUUGUUCAGUUUAUGUCUGUUGUUGAAUCUUGUUAUGUUCAUACAAAUAUUUACACAUGUUAAGUUUGCUGAAAAUAAACGCAGUUGACAGUGAGUGGACGUUUCUUGUUUUGCUGAGUUUAUAUAUAUGUUAUAGUUUUGUUUGUUUUUUUGCGGAGGAAAAAAUAUAUGGGGGAUUGGAAGUGAUGCAGACAAUUACAUUGAUGGAAGUUAAAUUCUAUCUGCAAGAUUAAAGCUGAUCUACCCCCUAAAAUAUAUAUAUAUAUAUAUAUAUAUAUAUAUAUAUAUAUAUAUAUAUAUAUAUAUAUAUAUAAUAACAUGUGCUGGGGAUGAACAGUGGCGCUAUUUCCUCUAAUGCGGAUUCCAACAUUAAAGGAAAAUUCCACCCCAAAACUAAUAUUUUGAUAUUUGUUUCAUUAGUCCAUUGUUGAUAGUCUCAAAAAUAUUUUGCAUGUCAGCAGUCACGUUUUCAAGAUGUAUAACUUUCAAAAUACAGAAAUACAGCCGGUGUGAUGCAUUUUACGUCAUAUGAUGCAAGUUUUCAAAAUACAGCUAUACACAGAUUUUUUAAAAGCAAUGGCGCUUCUCCUCUGAAGAUACUUUUUAUUCCAGGCUUGAAAACUUCAUUGCUGACAUGCAUAAUAUUUUGGGACUAUAUCGACAAUGGACUAAUGAAACAAAUACCAAAAUAGUUUUUGGGUGGAGUUUCCUUUUAAUGCCCGUUUUCGCGGAACAAAAUAUUUUUUAAAACAUUUUAGUCAUUUAGCAGACGCUCUAAUCCAGAGCGAUUUAGUUAGUGAGUGCAUACAUUUUCAAAACCUGCUCCUAGACUAAUAAGCAAUGGCGCUUCUCCUCUGAAGAUACUUUUUAUUCCAGGAAUAGGCUUCAUCUGUGUCUGGGAAACCAGCCCACUAUGUUUCAUUCCCAUCAGAGAAGCUGAUAGUCUCAUCAGUCUGACUGUAGUGGUUCAGAAAUAUUACAAACUACCUGUCCUCAAUUCUGAGUUAAAGUAACUGUCCAGUGAAAAUGUCACUUUUAAAAGUGCAUAUCCUGUUAACUGAUACCCAAAUAAUGUUGUUGACUCGUCCUAUACUCGUAUGUGGCCAAAGCAAAAAUUUGAGAAAAAACACUUAAAAAACCCCACCUACAACUUAUAUCUCAAACAGACAGUUUCAAAAAAAAUGCUUGCUAUUUCCUCAUAGAACAUGUCAUGUUGGCUCAUUGGCUGAACUGGCCAAUCAGCGGUCUACUCACAUGAAUAACCGGUAGACGCCCACACCAUUCUGUUGUUGGAGUGCGCCCACACCAUUCCAACACAGAAAAGCGGAUUUCUAUCAUACUUAAUUAAAAUUUUUGGAAGCAAAACUUUUAAACUCUUAUUGUAAUUAAUUCUAGGCAAUAUUCUCUAUUAGCUGCACGUGUGCCGGCGCGCAGCUCCCCUGGGACUGCCACGCAGAAGAAAUAUCAGCCCCCGCAGAGAAGCACGAGAUUGAACUUCACUCAACUUUCUAGAGUUUUUCCCUUUAGUUAACACUAUCAACAUUUCCCUUUACUGUGGGAAUUGUGAUCGAAUCAAUGCAAUAUUAGCCACUUUCAAUGCAACAUACCGAAACAAAACAAACUAUAGAAGAUAUUUUGUAGUAGGCAGAACGCAUCGGAGUAGGAUUCUAUUGCAUUGACACGCAUGACUUAGCCUGUACUCUACACAGACCGGUGCACCAUAACCAAUCAGAGCUGCAGUAGGCCUAUUUUUACAUUUUAGUAAUUUAGCAGACACUCUUAUCCAGAGCGACUUAUAGUUAGUGCAUUCAUCUUAAGAUAGCUAGGUGGGACAACCACAUAUCACAGGCAUAGAAAGUACAUUUUUCCUCAAUAACGUAGCUAUCAGUAGAGCCAGAGCUGUGCAAGUGCUGGUUAAGUUAUUUUUUAUUUAUUUUUAAAGGAGGAGGAUUAUUGAAGCUACUAUUUGAAGAGGUAGGGUUUCAGAUGUUUUCUGAAGAUAUGCAGGGACUCUGCUGUCCUAGCUUUAGGGGGAAGCUGGUUCCACAAUUGGGGUGCCAGGACAGAGAAUGGCUUGGACUGGGCUGAGCGGGAGCUGCCCUCCCGUAGGGUUGGGAGGGCCAAGAGACCAGAGGUGGCAGAACAGUGCUCGGGUUGGGGUGUAG